UAUACUUUUCGACUCCUUUUCCUUAAUGGUCUUCAAUUUUCAAUUUGCUUUUCUCUCUGACAAUUCCCUCGUGCACACUUCCAACAUGGUUCCGUGUUUGAAAGGAAGUCUAUGUUCGGUUUCUCGUUUUUCUUCCAUUUCUCUUUUUGUGUGAUUGUGAUAGUGCGUUGGACACUGGGUUGGAUGCGAAGCAGGAAGCAAGAAAUGAUAGGGUAAAAAUAAAGAAAAGUUAAAAGGAAAACCCCUACCCGUGCUGCAAACAUAAGGAAAGAAGAAAGUACAAUCCGCUUGUAUAACCUGUGCUAAGGCAACCAAUCAGUAGCGGUAUAAAGCAAACGCGAUAGUGCUCAAAACGAAGCCGGCAAACCCACAAUGCAUUGUUCUACGUUGAAGUUUUGAUGGUAUUGCUUCUUCUUUUGCUUUGUUUCCCCUCGCUGUGGUCUGUUGGACGAAUGGAAAGAUGGAUUUGAAACGGCCAAGAUGGUGAUGAAAAGAGACAGUAAACAAUAUUACACAAGCAUCUGCGUAACGUUGAAUGCUAAAUGUAUGUUAAAUGAAACGUGAGAAAUGGUUUACGAUGCACUCAUGAAGCUUGAAGUGUUGUUAGCGAACCCAUGUUUUUCAACCAGACUUUUGCUCUCGGAAUGGUUUUAUACCACAAAGGCUUUGAGGGUGAGUGAUUGUUGUAUUUGCUUGUUCCGUUCGUAUAUUUUUCUCCGAUGUAGUUUUUUUUUUCUAUUUUAUUCCCUAGCCCUUUUGUGUUUUAUAUUACCAAAUAUCCUUUUCGUUUCCUGAUUUUCUUUAGAUUGUUUUCAGUGAUUGCACACAUUUACUCAUGUACACGAGAACGCGGAUAGUGCUAGCGCCAAACGCUGAACGCGACCUGAUGUUCUGGGAAGAAUUGGUGAAGAACGAAAACAAAUUGUGCCUUUUUCACAAUUUAUUUUCCCCACUCGGAAAGCGAAUCAGCAUCUUAAACACUUGCCCAAUACAGAACGAGUCCACGCGAAAGAACAACCGGAAGUGACAACACAGACCAGAAGAAGAAAAGGAGAAAAGAUGCAAUGAUCAACUCUGUACAAAACGAUUAUCAUUUCAAACGACUCUAAUGCGAGCGAAAGAAUGACAAAAUAAGAGGCAAGCGAUAAACAAUUGCAAUAAAAGGCCGAACGUGGGAAAGCAACAUACACAAAAAAACAUACGAUUGUAUUCGAGGCAAAACUUAACGAGACACAAUACUAUCGCUCACGGUGCAGCAGCCGAGGCCUGUAGAGCCGAGCGACCGAAAGUAACCAACUUUUCUACACAAAUAUUUUUGAAAAUCCCUUUUUCCAGUUGUUGACUUUUCAUUGAAAUUGCAAUUCGGAAUCGGUGGGAGUCGAGGGCGACGAAAGAAGCGUGUAACUCAAAAGCACAGUUUACAAUGCACGUUACCGAUUGGAAAAGGAACUGAGUCGUAUGCGCGGUGAAGAUAAAUAGCGGAAGGCAAUGAAGCAUAAAAAAGGCACACACUUGCAAACACUGGAUCGAUUUUGUAUUGUAUACAGCGGCGAACGUUCCAUCGACUCUCGGUGACAUGGCACAGCACCUUUGCGCGUUUAAUGCGCCAAUUGAUGGUCUGAUAGUAGGUGAAUUAUCGAAUUAUUGAAACACAUUUUUGAAAUGAAGGCGUCUUACGAGAGCACUACUCACCAUUAACCACCUCAUACGUUGUGCGCGCUCACAGGAAGUUCGAUUAUGCGGUACUCGGCACUCCUAUCGAUAUUGUUGUACUAAAAAUUGCUUGAUGGUCCUACGGUGUACUCUGAAUCCGGGCUAGGACACUUGUUGAUUCACGCGUUCGGGCCUUUGUGGCUGCCGAUAUCGAGUGGAUGAAUGGAUGCCCAGCGGGAUGUUACUAGAAUAUAUAGGAUGUUUAUCUACAGCGCUAAUGACACUUAUAAUCGCAUACACGAUAUAAUCACGUAUAGGCUAAUGAAAGAAAAGGUGCGGAACGAGGAAGCAAAAGGAAAAUAUUCGAAUAGCGUGAACAGAAAGAUAGUCUGUUGAAAGAGAUUGAAAUGAAGAUAACAAAAACGAAGAAGAGGGAUAGUAACAAGCAACUAUUAUGCUUAUUUUUAGAACACGAAUUGACACUUUUUGCCUGCCGCGGGAUCGACUGUAUGGUGGAUGCCGCUGCCAGCGCAGCCCAGCCACCUCAGGAGUUGCACGCAUUGUGCAUCAUGCUCCGCGCUAACACGCUAUGUGAUAAUAUGUUUCAUGCUGUGAUACAGAGUAAUAGUCUCCGGAUUUUUUCAAUUGUUUUAAAAUAUUUUCGUUCCUUUUUUGUUUAGCUUCUACGCUUACAUUGUUUAUAGAAGGCGAAGAUGAUCAAAAAGGAUGCAUCCAUCACUCGUCAGUUCGCUAGCCCAUUUGCCGCGUGCGCGUGAUUUGUGGAUGGUUCAUUAUUCGACGAGUGAAGAUAAGCUACGCUUCCUUGCGGUCGCAUUGCUUCCAAAGC